GCUCAUUGGUAUUCUUGCUUGUCAGGCAUCUCCACAGGUAGCCUACAGUGGGCUACAACGCGAGAUAGCCGGACCACGUCGAAACUGCUGUAAUUUCAGGUGUUUAAGUGGUUGCUGUUUCGGUCAGUCGGUCAGCUAAUAAGGGCUUUUCAGUUUAUUCGUAGAAUGAGUGUGGGUUUCAUAGGAGCAGGCCAGGUGGCCCACGCUCUGGCAAGAGGCUUUAUAGCUGCAGGCGUGAUUGCCACCCACAGAAUCACAGCCAGUUCCCCAGGCACAGAUCGCCCCACAGUACAGGGACUGCGGAAAAUAGGUGUCAAUUUCACCACCAGCAACAAAGAGACAGUGAGCAAAAGUGAUGUUCUCUUCCUGACUGUGAAGCCCCACAUCAUCCCUUUUGUACUGGAUGAGAUUGGACCAGACAUUGAAGAUCGUCACCUUAUUGUGUCCUGUGCUGCAGGAGUCACCAUCAGUUCUAUAGAGAAGAAGCUGCAGCAGUAUCAUACUGAUCCAAAGGUAAUGCGGUGCAUGACAAACACUCCAGUUGUGGUACGUGAGGGGGCAACUGUAUACGCCACCGGCACCUAUGCAGAGGUGGAGGAUGGAAAGCUUCUGGAGCAGCUUAUGGCCAGUGUAGGAUACUGCACUGAGGUGGAAGAAGACCUGAUUGAUGCCGUCACAGGCCUCAGCGGCAGUGGUCCUGCUUAUGCGUUUACAGCUAUAGAUGCUCUCGCUGAUGGUGGAGUGAAAAUGGGCCUUCCCAGGAGAUUGGCUAUACGCCUCGGAGCUCAAGCCCUGCUGGGGGCUGCUAAAAUGCUGUUAGACUCAGAUCAACACCCUGGGCAGCUCAAGGACAAUGUGUGUUCACCAGGGGGCGCCACCAUCCACGCCCUGCAUGUCUUGGAGAGUGGUGGCUUCCGCAGUCUCCUCAUCAAUGCUGUAGAGGCCUCUUGUGUUAGGACUAGGGAACUUCAGUUUUUGGCCGACCAAGAGAAAAUCUCCCCAGCUGCCAUAAAGAAGACAACUCUGGACAAAGUGUUGCAGCAGCCAGGAGUGACUGUCGAUGGUGUUGGAGUCAGAUCUCAUGGGAUCAGUAUGUUCAACAGCAGUAACCCCCGGACCAAGAAGAAGUAAUCCUAUAAAUGUGUGGAACAAUAAAUCUGCAGUAUAGGCUGUUAAUAAACCACUACUGACAGAGGAACAUGCACUAACCUAGUGCAUUACUUUCUAGAUUAAAAAUGAGAUAUAAACAAUAUUUUGAUUAUGCUGUACCAGUUUGAGCCAUAUUUCUUUUUGUAAUAAAGUGCCUUUCCUUUUAGCAGGCUGGACUAAAAUUAUUUAAUAUUUCUGGUAUGGCCUAUAAGUUAGAUUUACUAAAUAGCAAUGCAAUUGAGUGGAAUGGACACUCAAUUGCCACUUAUGUGCAACCUGUAUUUAAUGCAAGCUCAAAUGAAGGCUAAUGUCUUAAACAGAAUGUGCUGAAUGGUAUAUGAUGCAAUGAAACUGAGGAUGUUUUCAGA